GCCAGUUCGUCGUAGCCGCGACCAUGAGGAGUCUCUGGUGGUGGGGCGCGGCGGAGAUGGUGACUGUCCUCUUCCUCGGAGAAGCGAAAAGUAAAUUUGCGCCUUUGCCCGACAUCACCAACCGUACCUUUAUCAAACAAUACAUCGACAUCCACAAUAAGUUCCGCAGCGAAGUCAAGCCCUCUGCCUCCAAUAUGCUCUACAUGACAUUUGAUUUAGCUUUAGCUAGAAUUGCUAGAGCAUGGGCAAAUAAAUGUGUUUGGAAACAUAAUCCUAAUCAAAGGUACCAUCCUGAUCGUAAAUUUAAGCCAACUGGAGAAAAUAUGUGGUUGGGAGGUGCAAGCCGAAAUCCAUUUAAUGUAUUUAAUCCAAUUACAGCAUUUCACAAUGAGGUAAACUACUACACUUUCUCUACCCAUCAGUGCACCAAAGUAUGUGGACAUUAUACCCAGGUAGUUUGGGCUGCUUCAUACAAAGUUGGCUGUGCUGUUGUUUACUGCCGUUACAUGGAUGGAAAGGAAAAAAAUAAUAACAUUUUAGUGUGCAAUUAUGCUCCAGCAGGCAAUUACCGUGGAGUACGCCCUUAUAAAGAGGGAAAACCAUGCAGUAACUGUCCAGAAGGAGACACUUGUAAAGACAACCUCUGUAGAAAUCCUGAACGUGAGAAAGAAAACAGCAUUCGUAUGUAUUACAAUUGCCUUUUAUGUUUUAAACUUACUUUUAAAAGAGGAUCAUUACAUUCCCUCUCUUGUUUUUUUAACCUAGGUUAUUCACGAUGGUAUCCACCAUUUGAAAGUCGGAUUAUAUGUGAUCCAUCUUGCAUUGCUGUUGCAGUUUUAAGACCAUUGUUAAUGUUUUUGGCAUUUGCUGUUGUUUAUUACUUACAAAUCUGUUAUCCAGGUUUAAAUUUUUCUAAAUAAUCUUCAGUAUUUUGUAUGCAUAAAACUUUCUUUGACUACUUUUGUUAAUUAUAAGAUUAUAUUUACAUGAAUUGUUACAUUAUUUUCCUGUUCUAUCUUUUAAAAGUAGAUUUGGUUCAAUUCAUUGUUUUUAUGGAAUUUUGUCAAACAAAUUCUUAAUGUUUUUUAAUUUUGGUUACUGUACUAAUACAGUACUGUAUAACUGUACUAAUAAAGUUCCUUUUUUGUUCAGAUGAUACUAAUAUAAAACAAAAUAUAUUUAAUAUGUUCCAUGUUUUGUAAACAUUAAAAUAAGGGAGUUGUGAUUAAUAAAUAUUAAUAUGA